UAUAGCCUAUAUUAUACCUAUUUUGGAUACCCUCUUAAAAAUAAGUUUCACAGGUGCUUUGGCGAAAAUAAAAAUACAUGAGACUUCUUUUUUCGAAAGGUGAAACAAAACAAGAGAGAAGGCAACUCUGAGGUCAAUUCACUUUAUUGGUCUUACAUAAUUGUCUGUAAAUUGAAAAAACUGUUUUUAUCCAACACAAUAUUCAGCAUCCAUUUUUGGCGUUUAUCCAACCGGCCUUUAAAAUAGCUAAACAUAGUUUGCCACAACUGUUCUCUUUGAAAAUCAAGGUCUAUUAAACUGCCCUGACAUGUCACAGCGGCAGGUGUUCAUUUGCACAACUCAAUGGCAUCUAUUGUGAAAAUGAAUAUGGCAUUGAAUGAGCCACAUCAGGGGGAAAAAACAUGGAUUGACCAAAUCUCUAGCAGCAGACACUGUUCUUUUGGGUUGCAGUUCCAAAGAGUGUUCUUUGCUUCACAGAAUGGUUCUAAGGCGCAUAAAGCUCUGUCUGGUCGUUUGUUCUCUCUCUCUCUCUCUUUGAGACUGAAGAAUAAAGGGUCUUUUCACUUAAUACCACUGAAUGGGCAUGCAUAAAAAUAACAAAGGUACAAAGCUCCAAACAGAAAUAUUUCUCAGGACUUGAGAGUUCGGCGAAAUUUCCUGAAAUUCUGUUGAAAACAUCUCAUGCACCUGUAAAUUUGUAACAUUAUACACUGGCUCCUAACUAAUGCUUGUUCAGACAGCAGCAUUUGAACUUAAAACUAUAGUUGUCAGAUGAUGAAGCUGAAGAUCUCUCUCUCUCUCUCUCUCUCUCUCUCUCUCUCUCUCUCUCUAUCUAUCUAUCGGACAUGAAAGAGAGUUACAAAUGAAUAGACUUACAUAUAUAUUGUUCUGUAUGGCCCCACCUUGAACUGUUCGGUUCAGGUGUGUCCCUGUAGGCUACUGUGUCAGUGUGAGGCGUGACACUGCAGCAUGACUAAUCUCAUGCUCAAACGCUUUCAGUACAAACUUAUGGCAAGAAGACCACUGUGACAGCUUAUUGCGUUCUCACUGAAACAUGGGAAACAUGUGGAAACAUAAGGUAGUCAUGGUGCUGAUGGUGGGGAACAUGUUAGUGUCUGUGGAAACGGAACAGACCAGAAAAGAAGCGAAGUCUCGCAGACGCAAACUAGAAUCGCAUCCUCGACGGAUAGCCUCAUCUGUCAAAAUUUCCCCGGAUCCACUGAUGACAGGUGCAGAAUCAGGGGUGGGGAUACCCAGGGCUGUUGAAAUGGACUUUGACAAGAGCAUCGAAGACAUGGUGUCCCAAGUCAGAAACAAUCCAAACUGGUCCAUAAACACGUGCGUGGUGGAUCGCAAACUUUGGAUGUCCAACAGUCGCAGCCUCUCACCAUGGUCUUACAGAAUAAAUCACGACGAGAAGCGUAAACCCGUGGACAUCCCCGAGGCCGUGUGCUCGUGCGUGGGAUGCAUCAACCCUUUCACCAUGCAAGAGGAUCGCACCAUGACCAGCGCUCUCAUUUACACCAAAAUCCCUGUGCGCAGAAUGCUGUGCCACCGGCCGGCCAGGAAACCGAAUAAUAAGAAGAAGAAAUGCACGCCCCGGUACAGGACGGUCGUGGAGAGCAUCGCUGUGGGGUGCACGUGCAUCGUUGGGUAGCUGAGUGGGACGCUGAAUCUGUUUUUAAUCUGCAAUGGGUUUAUACUUUGUAUUAAUGCUGCAAAAGAAUGGUGAUGCUUAUUGUGAAUAUAUUUUUAUUUGACAAACCCUGCUGAAAAAAUAGAUAGAACAAUUACAGACAUUAUAACGGAUGUAGUGGUUAUUAUGGCAAUUGUAUUGGUUUUGAAUGAAACUAUGGUCUCUUGGUUUGAUUGGUGGGAUGUUAUCUGGCGGAUGGGAACCAAUAACACCAUUAAACACGUUGUUGUAAUGGUUUUAUUUGUUAACAGCUCAUAAUGGUAUUUAGAAGAGAAUUUCCACUGUUGUUGUAUUUUUCAGCAGGGUAAAUGCAUUGGUAUAGCUAGCUUUGUGAAAACAAAUGUUUCAUUUUUUUUUAGAAGCAAUAAUGUCCUUUAUGCAGUGCUGUAUAUAUUUCAUGAUUUAAAUGAUUACGAAAUUGCUUUUUUAUCUUGAUAUUAUUAUGGCCUAAGAGCGUGCGUAAUUUGUUUUGUAAUAUCACAAGAUUGAAUAAAAUAUUUUUUCA